GUUGAGUGAGGACGUGCUGCUCGGGCGCACGUGCAUGUGUUUGCGCUCGGGUGACGCGCCUCGUUUCAGGUGUUACGCCGAAUUCUCAAAUGCAUGGAAAGGUACAUGACCGCCACAGCGAAAUGGAGUCUUUAAGUGAAAGCGUGCCCAGUUUACUGAAGAUUUUCCUGAACUAACUGAACUUUUGGGCUUGUUUUCCCUCUCCCAUUCGCUCAAUCUUGAUGAAAAGUUUUCCCCAAGUGAGAAAAAGAUGACAAGUUGUCGUGCAAAUGUCCUUAGUUUUGAACACGUCCUCUGAGGUGACCGGUGACGUACCUCGUCCAAUACCCGUUCUUACCUGAGUUCUUUUUGUGGCGUGUGACGGAGAGAGGGUGAGGGAGAGAGGAGACCAUUCCCUGACUCCUUGACCACCUAUACGAGAUAGUGAUGAUGGUAGUGGCCAGACCAUGGACUCGCCUCGCCUUCGCCCUCACCAUCUCUAUCACCAUCAUCGCCGCCACCGUCACGCAGGAGCUUUAUGAGGACGAUGGCGAGGAGGCCGAGGAGGAGACGGAUCCCAAUGAUGAAUUCAAGAACAGCCCCGUGACUCCUGCUGUGGCUGUGGCAGGCGGCCAGGCGGUGCUACCCUGCAAUAUCUCCAGUCUCCGCGGCGACUCCUUCCAGUUGGUGCUCUGGUAUCGUGACCAUGUGCCCACUCCAGUUUUCAGUUACGACGCACGGUCCGGGGCAUACACGCGGCCGAAGGAAUGGUCAGACCCGAAGAUCCUGGGAGAGAGGGCGCACUUCACUGUUACCACCUCUCCCGCCGCCCUUGUGUUGAACCUCACUAGACGCAGCGACCAGGCCGUGUACAGGUGCCGCGUGGACUACAAGCACCUCACCACAACCCACGCCCGCGUCAACCUCACUGUCAUUGAGCCAGUGAGGGGGUGAGGAUCGUAGACGAUGGAGGCACGGAACUAGUGGGAGUGGCGGGCCCUUACAUCUUAGAGCAGCGCCCUUCUCUUACCUGUCGGGCUGCGGGCGGCGACCCCUCACCUACCGUCACCUGGUGGAAGGACGGACGCCUCAUAGACAGCACCUACCACUAUGAGCCGCCGCCCAGCUCGGGGAGGCGGGCGGGCAGAUGUCCACGGGCGUCUCGGAGAUUGUCAACACGAUUCACCUGCUGGCGCUGAAGAAAGAAGACCUGCGCGAUGUGUACACGUGUAAGGCCGCCAACCACGACCUGGCGCCGGUGCGGGAGGCCACCAUACAGCUGGACAUGAACUUCGGACCAGAGGAGGUUGAGAUCCGGGGUCUGGAGCAGCCAGUGUCAGCCGGUGUGCCCCACCAGGUCGUGUGUGAGGCGAGGGAGAGCCGCCCCCCUGCCAUUCUUACGUGGUGGUUGGAUGGUGCCAUGAAGAAAAGCGUGUCCCAUAUGACAUCGGUGGAUGGGCUGGUCACUACAAGCACUCUCAAACUUGUCAUAUACUCAGAGGAUGAAGGGAAACUGCUAACGUGUCGGGCUGAGAAUCCAGACCUACCAGCUGCGAGUAUUGAGGCGUCCCACCACCUGCAGGUUCUGUACCCGCCUGAAGUGGAGGUGGCUGCCGGUCCGUCCCUCGACCUGAACCACAUCAAGGAGGGCGAUGACGUGUACUUCGAUUGUCACGUGAAAGCGCGCCCAGAGACCCUCAAGAUUAGGUGGAUGUUUAACGGCGUGGAGCUUCAACACAACACCUCCUCCCGCGUGAUGGUUGUCGGAAGGUCUUUGGUGAUGCAGAAGGUGUCACGGAAGCAGGCGGGGAGUUACACCUGCAGCGCCACCAACUCCCAGGGCACCAAUACCUCUUCCCCCAUACACCUCUCCGUUAAGUACUCCCCCGUGUGCCGAGUGGAGCAGACAGACGUGUAUGGUGUUGGACGUCACGAAAAGACCACCGUCACGUGUAGGGUGGACGCAGACCCGCCCGUCACUGCCUACCGCUGGGCCUUCAACAAUACAGGAGAGUUUGUGGACAUUCCCAGUUCGCAUUAUGACGUGAAAGGAGAUGGAAUCAAGUCGCAGCGUUCAGACCUCCGCUACUCCCCUGUCAGUGACUUGGAUUACGGGACGCUUCUCUGCUGGGCCACCAACGCUGUAGGUAUCCAGAGAACGCCUUGUACCUUCACCGUGUUUCCCGCCGGCAAGCCUGACGUGCCCAACUCCUGCCUCGCCUUUAAUGAGACUGAGGAGAGCGUGUCGGUGUCUUGCGAACCCGGGUACAGCGGCGGCGUGGACCAGACCUUCCUGCUGGAGGCGUGGGACGAUGGCGUGGUGAGGGCGACGGAUACAAGUGACUCCCCUAUCCUGCAGGUUAGCGGUCUGCGCCCAGGAACACGCCACACCCUUAAAAUCUUCGCUGUGAACACAAUGGGCCGCUCCCAACCGUAUAUUUUCACCGCCUUUACUCUCACGGACGUGGCUGAGCGUCGUACAGCACUAGGGGCAGGACAGGAGGGGGAGCCGCUGAGUCCUGUGGUGGGGGCUGUGCUGGGAGGCGUGGCGGCUGUGGUGGUGCUGACGGCGGUGGCGCUGGUGGUGGCCAAAUGUCGGCGCAGCGGGACCCCUGAGGACGCUGGGACGAGGAAGGGCGGCGACGAGGGCGUGGGCGAAGCAGGGUACAAGGCAGCAGGGAAAAGUGGAAGUCAGCAGGAAACAUCCCACGACACGGCUGGACCUGACUUGGUAUCUACUUCGCAAGAGUCUGCGUUGAUGUCUCACUCCCACGACUCCACCACGCCCUUGAUAGGCAACGGGCGGCUGCUGCAGAGCCAGGCGAAGCAGGAGCAGCUGUACCAGUCGCAGGGGCAGCAGCAGGGAAAACAGUACGCCCCACAGCAGCACCACCACGCAGACCCGCAGAAGGCAAAGCACGUGGUGAUAGUUGACGCCCCUGCAGUGGAACCGUCUUCGUAUUACCAGGAGGAGCCCAUGGUGGAGGAGGUACCGGCGGGAGCAAGUGGAGCAGGCGGAGGUGGUGGAGGAACUUUACACUAUCAGCAGCACCCUAAGGUCUCGUACGUGCCGAUGUACCAACGUUAUCAGCAUCAGGGGGAGUGGGCGGGAAUGAGUGAAGGGGCGUGGAGUGGCGCUGCCCCUGGAGGUGCAGCGGGAGUAGGUGUGGGUAUAGUGGCGGAACAGCAGCAGCAGCAACAGCAGCAAUCAUCAACAACAUCCCCUCUGUCGCCCUAUGGAAUGAUUGACCCUAGACGUCAUUCCGCGUACCUUCGACCACUGGAUGAGCUCCCCGCUCAAGUGACCCACAUGCCAUCACACAUCUCCGAGCACCAGCUGGGCCGACAGACGCAGCCUCAGCCUUACUCCCCACCUCAUCCCCACCAGCUGUCCACCGCCCCCUCCCCAGCACCCAGCGUGGUUUUCAAGCCCAGUUCUGAACACGAGAGCUCUGUGUGACGGGAAUGAACCUUUAACCGUGUGUCGUGGGCGGCGUUCAGGGUUUGGAGUGGGCGGGCGGGCGGGUGGGUAGGUGGGUAGGAUUAUCGUGGUGGUGAAGUGAUUAAAUGUGAAAGUGAGUGAGUGAGUGAAAGGUAUUUAAAGUGUAAGAAUAAGAAAAAAAUUGAUGUUACACUACAGAAAGAAAGAAAAGAAAGUAGUACUUUUUAAAACGAGAGAAAAAAAAUAUGUAUAUAGAUAAAUGUGGACUGAGGGUUUUGAAGAAUGGGAAAAUUCGUGUAUGUACGUGUGUAUGAGUGCACGUACAUUUAUGUGUAUGUACGUACGUGUUUGUAUGUGUGGAAAGGGAACUACGCACACACAACUCGCUCAUGGAGGUCAAGUUCGUGGCCAUGAAUGUUGCGAGAUAAAUCACAUGACGCAUCGCCUCAUUUUGCUGCAUAAGAGGAGAGGUCACGUCCUUCCAGCCAUCCUGCCGCGGCACUCAAGCACUCCAGCCAUCCUCCUUCCCUCCUGCUCCACACUGCACGGCGGAGAGGGGAGGGGAGGGGAGGAAGGAAAAGAAGGUGGUGGGGGGUUACAUUCAGUCCUUGCAUCAACGUAUAUAUAUUUUUUUUUUCUCCAGGAUUCACCAGAGAGAGAGAGAGAGAGAGAAAGCUCACACUCGGCAAACUGAACUAGUGUUAGCUAAACGAGAUACAGAUUGAAUCUCGACCAUUUUGUUUGAAACGUGUUGGUCAGAAUUAAACAAAUUUCAAGUCGAAACACGCUCUCUCUCUCUCUCUCUCUCUCUCUCUCUCUCUCUCUCUCUCUCUCUCUCUCUCUCUCUCUCUCUCUCUCUCUCUCUCUCUCUCUCUCUCUCAUGCACAUACAAAAUGGAAAUACGUAAGCAAAUGAAAUAUAUUGUUUUCGUAGAGACGUAGAGAGAGAGAGAGAGAGAGAGAGAGAGAGAGAGAGAGAGAGAGAGAGAGACCUGAAUAUCAAUAACCAAAGAGGAAAUGCAUGUUGAUUUUUGUGUUUUUUUCUUUUUAUGGGUAAAAUAUUCGAGUGAAACGAUGUAGAGUUUUGAAAUGUAAGUCAGACCAGUUUAGUUCCAGAGAGAGAGAGAGAGAGAGAAAGGAGGUCGGGAAGGGGGGAGAAAAAUGUGCUAGUCAAAACAUGAACUAUUAAAGUGAAGUCUGAAAUGAAAGUUAUUGAGGAAGCGAACGAUUAGGGUUCAGAAAAUGAAACUUUUUAUACAUUUUUUAAAAUUUUUGUAAUAGAUAGAAAUAAAAGUUUGGAGAGGAAAAGAAGAUUAUGCUUUUUCACUUUGUACUUAAUGAAAGGAAGUUCUCUAAAGCCAUUGUGUUAGGAAAAAAAAAAACCGUGUAGAAAUGAAUCUCUUUGUUCCAGUAACUAAGUUCUAUAUACUUCGAUAUUACCUUUAGUGUUGUUAAUGUGGUGAAAUGGAAGAGAAGAGUGUCGGUCAUCGAUAGAGGAAGAUUGAAUAUAGAAAGAAAGAAUAGAAAGUGAAAACAUUUGUUACAUUUGUAAUUUCUGUUUGAUGUCGUAUCAUGGCUUAAAACAAACAAAAUAAAGAAUAAGUGUGUUCAAUCUCUCUCUCUCUCUCUCUCUCUCUCUCUCUCUCUCUCUCUCUCUCUCUCUCUCUCUCUCUCUCUCUCUCUCUUUCACACCUCAUCAGUAUAUCACAAACCAAAGAAAGAUAUUAAACUCCUACAAGGACUGAGUGCAGUGCUAUGAAAUGAAGCUUGGAUCCUGCUGUAUGUGAUUGCGGGAGGCUGGAUGAACAUUACUUGGCUUCUAAAAGGGAAAACAAAACGAGUAAUAAACAGGCAGGAGUGAAGGUGAGAAAGAUGUUUGGCGAGAACUAUUGUCAGUGUCCCGUUUUCUCUUCUGUGCCUGCAGGGGAAAGAAGAUGAGAUGAAACAAUGUGGUAGAAAAAAAGUCGAUUAAAAUGAGAAAGUUCGUCGGAGCUGUUUUUGAGUGUUUGUGUGUGUGUUUAUUUUAGGUUUCCCUGUUUUUGUGGUGACCAAGUGUGCGUGUGAGUGGAGUAAGAGGAGAGGGAGAAAAGAAAAAAAGGAGAGGGAUACCAAAGAAAGAAAAAACUUCAACUAUACGUGGAAGGAAAAAGUUAUUUAGAGAGAUAUUGUUCCAGUGCAUGAAUGGAAAACGGAAAAAUAGUGAAUGAUUAAAAUACUUCGGCAGUGAUGAUGGAAAUGUAUGAAGGGAACUUUUUUUUAAUAUUGCUUUUCUCUUAUUUCAUUGAUUUAUUUAUUUUUACUCCAGUUUUUUUUUUUUUUCAUAAUUCUGCCGCGAGAUGGAAAGUUAAAGACAUCACCACGACUCAAGUGACUGGUGACGGGUGACUCUACUCCCUCACCAGAAAAAACCCAAGCCAUUCUGUCAUUCAGCCAGUCAGUCAUUCAGUCAUUGUUGUACCUUCUCGCCUCUCCUCAUAACGGAAACUUUCUCAUCUUUGUGAUAUAAAAAUAAUGAAGAAAAAAGUGGACUAAAAAAAAAAAAAGACAAGAUGUGAAGAAAGCAAGUCACUUUCUGUAAAAGAUGAUGUCGCGUGUCCUGAUGAUAAUCCUUGUAUUAUAUUAAAGUUUUAUAUACACACA